CAUCAUGUGACCAAAUGCAACCCUGAUGUCAUUGCAGAGUAGGAAAAAUAUCCGUAGGUUGUCGUCUCCCGUUUGUCGAUUGUCAUAUGAUCACGAACAAAAAUGCUGCGAAAUUUAAUAAUUUUAUCUUUGUGCAUAGUGGCAAUUAGUGCAUCGGGUGAAUUCACUGUUUUGAGCACACCCAAGUCCUUGUCAUUCAAGGGUAACGAGCCACUACCAAGCCAAUAUGUUGGCGAUGUUGUCUAUGCCUCAUUGGGUAAUUCCGUAGCUGGAGACGCACAAUGGUCUGGUUUGACAGUUGACGACCCUUUCAAUUUCCCCAAGGUUGUUGUUGCUGCCUCAUUGAGUGGUGUUGCUCAUACUAAGGUUUCCGGAGCCGGCAAGAGUUACGAAAUUCAAGGCAACUCGGUAAAGGAAGCUUUGAACGGUGUCUCUGCCCAAUUGGAAGCUGAUAAUGAACCUGUUUGCGAUAUCGACUUUGAAGAUUUAGAAGAAGGUGUAGCCAGCUUCAAGAGUGUUUUUGGUGAUGUGCAAGUUAAUUCUGUCCCAAAUACCAAAUAUUUGAACAGUGAAUUGCAUUCUGCUGAUAAGCAAUUUAUCCAAGCUAUUGCAUACAUCAAUGCUGCUGCCGAUAAUUUGGCUAAGUUGCAAAAGACCUGCAACUUUGUUUCCUUCCGUCUGUCUGCCGAGUCUGUUGCUAAAGCUCAUGGUGAGAAAUCAGAAGCUGUGAAUGAAGCCUUGGAUCUCUUCACAUCUGCUGUCAAGAACUUGAAUACUGCUGCCCAAAAGGUCAAUAACAACGAAGCUUUGGUAUUGUCCAUUGUCAACAAAUCGGAAAAUUCCCGCGCUAAACGGGAUGUUCCUGAACCAGGCAAAGAUUACAACUUGGCUGAAUACUAUAACCAAGAUUAUCCAGUAAUCUUCAACAUCAUCUUAUGGUUCAUGGUAACAUUCGGUUUCGCCUUGUUGGCUAUUUGCUACGCCAUCGGUUCAAUGGAUCCUGGACGUGAUUCCAUCAUUUACCGUAUGACUUCAACCAGAAUGAAGAAGGAUAAUUAAAUUGUGAUGCACAAUGUACCAGCAUUAUUUUUAUUAGUGUUGACAACAUUUAAGUUAUUCCAUUUUUUGAACCUUUUGUUGUUCUAAAUUAAAAUGUGUGUUACAAAUCAAUUCCUUUCCCAAGCAACAACAUCUAAAUAAGACAUCUAUAAUAAACUAAAAUAUAUUAUUCAUUAUCAGCAACAACAACAAUAAUAUUAAUAAUAUAUAUGUAUAGUGUAAUAAAUAUACCUAUUAGUAAGACAAUUUCUUAUAUAAGUAUUAAUUGUUCAAGAAAGAUACGAUAUGCACUUAGAGAAUAUAAUACAUACAACUAUUGGGGUCUUUUCUUAUGUAUUAUAAUUUAUUUAAGCUACAAACAAAUCCGUUGUUAUUACCUUUAACUACAUAUUCCAAUUUAUUAUUUUUUGUUGUAGCAUGUUUGUUUUUCUCCUUGAUUAAAAAAAAAACAUUAAAAGUAAAA